AUAGUGCUUUACUGCUAUAAAUUACGUGGUAUUGACAUACUCGGUCGAUAGAAUCUGUCGCUGUCGGGCCGAUAAAUGGGAUUCUCGCUUUCCCGUACUAAGAUCCGAGAAUAGAGAAGCCUAUAAGGAGACAGAUCUUUAAAUAAAUAAAUAAAACAACAAAAAGUAAAAUAAAACAAGACAAGCAGUAGUAUAGAAAAAAAAGCGAGCAUCAAAGCGUAUUUGAAUACAAACUAGUCAUUCAUCUUUUCAUUUUUGUAGAUAUCCUCUUUUUUUUAUCUUUCUUUCUCUCUAAUCUAAAAGACAUGGCUCCUUCUUCGACGUUAUCAUUACCAAAUAAUAAAAUGUAUUCUGUCUAUGUGCCUGACAUAAUCUUUGCCUUAAUUGGGUUCUAUGGGUUUGUUUAUGUUCUAAAGUUUGUUUUAAAGAUCUGUCGUCGAUUUCGAAAACAAAAGCAUCAAGCAGAAAAGCAACGACUCAAGAAAGAAUGGACUACUUGUAUGACUAAAGUGGAAUCUUCUCUUCAACAUCCCUCUCUUUCUUCAAUUACACUUCAUCCGUAUGACUCAACAGUGACAUUAGCUAGUUUCUCACAUCAACAACGGAAAAGACGAUUGCACCAAAUGACACACUAUUUUCAUCUAGAUCAAGCAAAAAAACUAGGGUUUCUAUGGCAAUGGAGUGUAUCUAUGGGUUACUGUGAAUAUGGUCAUGCAGCCCGCUUGAAUCGUUUGGUUCUUAAAUUACAGGAUGAAUUGCGUCAAGCUGGUGCUUGACAUCUACUUUUUUUAGCUACACUCAAAAUUAGACGGAUUUAUCGUUAUGACGAAAAAAUAAAGAAAUGACA